AGGAUGGAGAUCAGGUUGAAGAUACGGCAGACAUGAGGAAAAGGAGAAUAAUGAGCCUAUCAGGUGUAUGACGUUGAAGAAAGAGGUGAGGGUAUUAAAAGGCGGCAGAGAUGAAUGGAGUUGGGUAGAGAAUCUGGAAGCAGAAAUCUGACAUGCCACUCGCUUGGCCAUAUGAACCCCUGCCCAAUGUCCAGGUCUCUUUUGCGGACCUGGUUCAGCGUUAUGAAGCAGCUCGCGCAGCUUUGGAUGCCGUCCCUGCUGAUGAAGAGGACCGGUCGCGCGAUGAACUGAAGAAGUUCCUCAACCUGGUGCUGUGCGCCCGCACGAAGAACGAGGAUGACGAGGACAUCAGGCUUGUCCUGAAUAUGACACAGGCAGCGGAGAGGCCGACAUUGGAGGACUGCAUAAUCAUGCGAGACUUCGAUUCCGCCAUUGGAUACGGGAAGACACUGCCUUUCACGAAGGCGAUGGCGGUAUUCCCAGUAGCUCCAUUCUCGGAGACUCUGAAGAAACGGAAUCAUGUGCAGGGAUAUGUCUUCUCCCCGACGGUGAGUGGUGGAUGUAUUGAUGUGAGGAUGAUGGAUAUACUGACAUGGAUGCUGCAGAGGGUCAAGCUGUAUGUGCCGAUGAACAAGAUCCCAAACUUUGCACUGGGAAAGGUGGACAACCGGCAUGUGACGCGGGUGUUCCUGCCGGCUCUGUAUCAGGAGGGGCCUGGGAUGAUGAUGGGCAUAGGGAAGGAGCAGCUGAAAGUCUACUACGAGCGAUGCCUUUUGCCGGCAGUGAGGGAGGCCGUUCCGGAGCAUGUGGGUCACUGGCCUCCGUCGUACGACACUGCGAUGACGCUGGCCCGGGGGCCGCAAGGUGAGUUUCACUUCCAAUCCGUGGAUGUCCCAUGGCACCGCCUCGAGCUUCUGGGGAACACGCUGCUGGAUAAGUUGGGAGUGUAUGCAUUUGGACGGGAUGCAUACUUUGUGCAUGAGCUGCGCGGAACCAAGUCUCGCUCUGUGCAUGAUCCCCGCGACGAGGUGGAUACGUUCGCGGCGCUGGAUGAUGUGUUGGCAUUUGUGGAUGCCAAUGUGAUAGACCUUGAGGAGGAAAAGUGGUGGAUUGAUGUGGGGAUUGAGAUCCAAAGGCCGCGUCGGGUGGUGCAGUGGCUGACCAUGGGUCACAGUGCCAUUCUGCGACAUGUGCUGCCUGGGUUGGAUGCUGAGGAGGCGAACAGGAUGAUGACGACGGGUGACCGGUUCCAGGUGGACUUGAACUCGCAGCUGAGUGAGAUUGGCGGGUUUCGCGUGGAGGUGAACAAGCGGUAUCAACACGGCACUGAGUGUGUGUAUAUCAACUGCUACACGACGGACAAGACGGUGACCUAUCAGCUGCACAAGGGGAUAUUCCGACAGCGCCAUGGGGAGGAGUUGUUUCCAAGCAAGUGCGGGAAGCUCAUUGGCGCCAUGGAGAAGAUGGAGGAAGUAUGGACGAGCUGUAUGGGGGAGGGGGAUUCUCCGGGACAAGAGGGAUCUGCCCGUCUGGAGGCCCGAGUCCCACUGACGCGUUGCCGUGCUACCUUGACUGACAUGCCGCAAUCCAUCCUGGAUAGCGGCAUAGUGGCGUACAAGAAGAACACCUGGUGGGGAUUCAAAGUGUAUCGGCUGAAGGCAUUGCGUUUGCUAGUGGAGUGGCAGAAUGAGAGCCGCCACGAGUAUCGACGUGAUGCGGCCUGCCUGACGUUGGGAGCAAUCGCGGUGUACAUGGUGAAUGCGCUGAGCUCGCGACCGAGAAGUGGCACGGCCGAGGAUGCCCUUCUGCGUGCCUGUUGUCGCCGGUUCCCGACUGAAGCCGAUGACGAGGAGGGCGAGUUGGUUCCGAACCCCCACUGGAAUGGCCUGUACAGCUUGUCUGGGAUUGUGCUCGACCAGUACUGGGCGCGACUUCCCCACUCAGCCAGGGCGGCGGAGCAGGUGUUGUCCUUCAUGUAUCACCGCCAGGAUGUCAAUGCCAUUCAGAUGGAGUUUGGGUCGAUGGCGGCGCAGGGUGGACGUCGUCAACCUCGUGCAGAUCGAACGGCGAACAAGCGAGCGAUCACGCAGGACAUUCGUCCUUUGGCGAAUGACGGCGAGGUGAAGAACUUCCGACUGCAAGAUCGCGGAGUGACACUGAAGCGACCUCGAACGAUGCCGGGACCUGACAUCCACGUGCACCACCUGGACGAUGAUAGCGACGAUGAGGUGGCUCAACCCGGCAAUCCCGAUGUCAUCUUGCAGGGUAUCUGGCGACAGUUCCCGGCAGAUGUCUUGUCGAAGGCACCGAAUCCGAAGAAUGGCAAUCUGCCCGGGUAUCUACGGAUGACGGCGGAGAAUCGUCUCCAUGCCACGACGGCGAUCUUCAAGAGCAACAACCUGACGAACGUGAUAGCGCCUGUCCAGGUCAAGUUGUGCGAUGCCGAAUUCUGGGAUGUGACGUUGUUCAACCGGUACUUCCCUCCCAAGGGAGCUCAGCUGCCUCGCACCUUGCAGAACUUCCGCCAAUGCGUGUACUUCAAGGAGUGGCUGAACUUGAUGGACAAGUUGAAUGAACGGAAUGCGGGCAUUGUGCGCGACAGGGUGCAGAGGGAGUUCCACAAGCUGCUGUGGCUGCCGUACGGGGGAUCUGACCGGAUGUGGCAGACUCGACUCGACUCGAAGUUCAGGCAAUUCCCAGCGGACGGUGAGCGUGUUCCCUGCCCACAGAUUGGACUCAACCCUGCAGUGGCGACGAGCAUGGAUGUGAUCAUUGCACCCAUCGAGGUCGAAGAUGAAGAGAAUGUCUGAAUGCACAUUUAAGUGCCCCUUCCUAGAUUGUAUAGCCACAUGUUAGCUAGAAUGAAUCAUGAGCAUAGUG